AUGACUAGCCAAGUUAUCCAAGAAACCAAAGACAUAACAGUCUUGAAUCGGAAAGGAAUCGAGCAGAUAGUACAGCAUCUCAAUGAGAAGGACCGACUUGAUCUCAUGAAGUGGAUCUCUCCUAUCAAUACCGCAAUGAAACAAGCCGAUAAGUUAAAGCUCUGGCUCAACGGUACCGGGCGAUGGUUCCUCGAGCCGAACGAAUUCGUCCCUUGGUCCAAUCAAGAUCAAGAUCAAACAAUGUGGCGCACCCUUUUCUGUCCUAGUGCUCCAGGGACUGGAAAGACGCUCAUGAUUUCCGGUGUGAUUGGCGAACUCCAUCGUCGCAUACGGCACGAUAGUACGAUCAGACUGGCGUAUUUCUACUGCAACUAUCGCGAGAGAUUGACGAUCGAGGAAGAGAACGUCUACGCACACUCUUUUACUUGCGACACACACCGCGCUAAACUACUUCGGGUAUGUCUGCCGCUCCUUCAGUACUAA